AUGUCAGCCUUCUGCAGCAGACUCGUCGGUAAAGUAAACAGAACUUUUAAUAUACAGAAUGGAUGUAUACGCCAUCUGUCCGUCUCCUCUCCAUGCUUUGUUGGAGAACAAGCCAAGAUGUUUCCAAUUGUUAAAACCCCAAUACUCCCUGAAGGCUCAUUUAAAGGAAAGACGGUCUUCAUAACAGGAGGAGGCACUGGUCUGGGAAAAGGGAUGACAACAAUGCUGGCUCGACUGGGAGCAAAAGUUGUCAUUACCAGUCGAAGGAUAGAUGUACUCGAAAACACUGCAGCUGAAAUUAGUAAGGAAACAGGAAGUAAGGUGCUUGCCGUGGCUGCUGAUGUGAGAAAACCUGAGACUGUGGAAAAGGCAGUUGACCAAUGUGUAAAAGCGUUUGGUCUACCAAAUGUUGUUAUCAACAACGCUGCAGGAAAUUUCAUAUCACCAUCAGAAAGACUUUCUCCUAAUGCUUGGAAAACCAUCACAGACAUUGUACUAAACGGCUCGGCCUAUGUCACUCUGAAUAUUGGCAAGCGCCUUAUAGCUGCAGGACAGGGUGCUGCCUUCCUUGCUAUCACUACCAUAUACGCAGAGAGUGGAUCAGCUUAUGUUUCUCCCAGUGCUGCAGCCAAGGCAGGAGUUGAAGCCAUGACAAAGUCUUUAGCUUCCGAGUGGGGAAAAUAUGGAAUAAGGUUGAACUGCAUUGCCCCAGGACCUAUGAACACUGUGGAUGCAUUUAGCCGCCUUGACCCCACUGGUCAGUUUAUAGAUAGUAAGAAGGAAGUGUUGCCAGUUGGGCGCCUUGGAGAGGUUGAGGAGUUAUCUAACCUGGCUAGCUACCUUGUCAGCGACUAUGCAAGCUGGGUAACAGGGGAGGUUGUUCGCUUUGAUGGCGGAAAAUAUGUUGGUAGAGCAGGAUCGUUUAAUGAACUCCACCAGGUAACUAAGGAGCAGUGGGACAUCCAUGAAGAAAUGAUUCGUAAAACCAAGGGCCCUUGA